AUGCCAAACGCUUCUGACGCCCACUUCUCCUGCUACCACGAGUCCGUGCUGGGCUAUCGCUACGUGGCCGUGAGCUGGGGGGUGGCGGUGACCGUGACGGGCACCGUGGGCAACGUGCUCACCCUGCUGGCCUUGGCCGUCCAGCCCAAGCUCCGGACCCGCUUCAACCUGCUCAUCGCCAACCUCACGGUGGCAGACCUGCUCUACUGCACCCUUCUGCAGCCCUUCUCCGUGGACUCCUACCUCCACCUGCGCUGGCGCAGCGGGCCCGCCUUCUGCAGGGUCUUCGGCUUCCUCCUCUUCACGGCGAACUCCGUCUCCAUCCUCACGCUCUGCCUCAUCGCCCUGGGGCGCUACCUCCUCAUCGCCCACCCGAAGCUGUUUCCCCGAGUCUUCAGUGCCAGGGGGAUGGGGCUGGCCCUGGCGGGCACGUGGGUGGUGGGCAUGGCCAGCUUUGCCCCGCUCUGGCCCGUGUACGUCUUGGUGCCCGUCGUCUGCACCUGCAGCUUCGACCGCAUCCGAGGCCGGCCCUACACCACCAUCCUCAUGGGCAUCUACUUCGUGCUCGGCCUCAGCAGCGUGGGGGUCUUCUACUGCCUCAUCCACCACCAGGUGAAGCGGGCGGCGCGGGCGCUGGGCCAGUACAAGCUGCGCCAGGCCAGCGUCCGCUCUGCUCACGUGGCCGGGACCGACGAGGCCGUCCCCGGUCGUUUUCAGGAACUGGACAGCGGGGUGGCGUCGGGGGGCCCCAGCGAAGGGAUUUCACCGGAGCCGGUCAGCGCUGCCACCACCCAGACCCUGGAAGGGGACGCGGCAGAGGUGGGGAAACAGAGUCACGGUGUGGGCGCUACGCAGAGCACGGAGGAGAGCGCUCCCGGAGCGCCCGCCAAGGCCAGGCCGACGAGAGGAGCCCGGCGAGCGCAGGAGUCCCCGUCGGAGUUCGGGAAGGUGACCCGGAUGUGCUUUGCCGUGUUCCUCUGCUUUGCCCUGAGCUACAUCCCCUUCUUGCUGGUCAACAUCCUGGACGCCAAGGCCCGGGCUCCCCGGGUUGUCCACAUGUUCGCUGCCAACCUCACCUGGCUUAACAGCUGCAUCAAUCCUGUGCUCUACGCGGCCAUGAACCGCCAGUUCCGUCAGGCCUACGGCUCCGUCCUGAGAAGGGGACCCCAGAGUUUCCGUCGGCUUCGCUAG